AAAUGUUAUUGUACAAUCGUUUCAAACUUUCAUUCAAUAAAACAAAGAGUGCAUGUAUAUAUGUACGAUUCGCAUCAAGUUUUGUGAAAACUGUCUUUUUUUUGUUUUUAAUACUGACUUAUUUUAGAUUGAAAUCUAAGCCAACUUCAGGUCAAUGUUUGAUCGAGCGUUUGUUGCUGAAAACAUAUAUUGUUACUCCACAACCUCGACCAUCAGAUCUCAUUCCAGGUUUGGAAGAUUUAAUAUCCAUUUCUCUAAUCAAUAAAAUGCAACCUCAAAUUCUGCAGAAAUACACACCAAGAUCUACAAUUGGUGACGGCAACUGCCUCUUCCGGACUGUGUCACUAGCUUUAUAUGGUGUUGAAGAUCAUCAUUUGUAUCUCAGGGUUCUCACAUCCAUUGAGUUGAUACAGCACAGAAAUUGCUAUGAUUUAUCAUCCAAAAAAUAUGCACAAACAAUCACGGACACCAGAAUCGAAACACCAACGUAUCCUGUGUUGUUGCGUUCUGCCGUGUCAAUUGGCGGAUAUAGUGAACUAAUGCAUAUUUAUGCAUUAAGUGCUGCUCUUGCAACGCCAAUUCGCUCUGUUUUUCCUGCUAAUAGCAGUUUUUGCGAUUUUGCACAUCCUUACAAUGUAGUUGUUUAUGGGCGAGGAGUUAAAAAGACAUUGGAUCCUGAAAUUGCAGUAUUGUGGACUUGUGCCAGUGAAGAAACAAAAGUAUACAACCAUAUUGUCAAUCUUGCCAAGCAUCUACCUGCAAGUGAGAUUGACUUCAACAUUUUGGAUGAAAGUUUUUCAGACAGAAUCAGAAGCAGUACACCACUAGCCGAUGAAAAUAAUCUCACAAUAACUUUUAAUGACACAUAUAUAUCAGACAAUGAAACUGAGCAUUAUUUACAUAAAGAAGCAGAAGAUGCCAGUGACCAAAAUAUAAUGUCAUUGCAAAAUGCCAGCAACAGCCUUUAG